CGUCCAAAUGGUAGAGGAUUUUCUCUCAUGCGAUCCAGCACCAAGGAGCUAUUUUCAGACUCAGACUAGGAUUCUCAUCACUUGGAAAUACCAUACAUGGACUAUGUGCAAAAUACAGCUGGAUAAACCUUUGAAUCUAAACAGUUACUUGGGAAAGAGACAAUUUCACAUGGAUGAUUCUCCACUGUGAGCAUCUGGGCUCUUCACCCUGUGUUAAAGUUCGUUCUGGAGACCUCCGUUUGUGGGAAAACAUCACUCCAAUUUCAGGGUUGCGACAUAAACGUGAGCUAAACUACUUUCACCUCACACAUUCUGUGCUCUUUUUUUCCUGCGGUCACAGUCCAGUUGAAAAGGAUAUGAUGUCUAUAUAAUAACUAGUUAAUUCUGUUACACUAUAGAGACCACAAAGAAAAUAUUUUAAGGCUUUUUCUUUCCACCUCAUCCAAUAGCCUACAACAGCAGAGAGCAGCAGACAUGAUGGACAAUACGUCUCAACAUAACUUCAUCAUGCACCACCACAUGGAGCUGAGCACCCUCACCAUGUACAGUGAGAACAGCACCAACAACACCCGCGCCAGGGAGCAGAACUCUACGACCUGCUCGCUCCGCAUUCCACAGGAGCUGUUCCUGACGCUGGGCCUCAUUAGUCUGGUGGAGAACAUUUUAGUGGUGCUGGCCAUCAUCAAGAACCGCAAUCUGCACUCGCCCAUGUACUAUUUCAUAUGUUGCCUGGCCGUCUCCGACAUGCUGGUCAGCGUCGCCAACGUAGUGGAGACCAUAGUCAUGUUGCUCACCGAACACGGGCUGCUAGUGGUCACACCUGAAAUGCUGCGGCACCUGGACAACGUCAUCGACAUCAUGAACUGCAGCUCGGUGGUGUCAUCACUGUCCUUCCUGUGCACCAUCGCCGCGGAUCGAUACAUCACCAUCUUUUACGCGCUGCGUUACCACAGCAUCAUGACCACGCAGCGCGCCGUGACCAUCAUCGCAAUGGUGUGGCUGACCAGCAUCACCGCCAGCAUACUUUUCAUCGUCUACCACUCGCACACCGCCGUCAUUGUAUGCCUCGUCACCUUCUUCUGCAUCACUCUUGUCUUCACCGCUGUGCUCUACAUGCACAUGUUCAUCCUGGCGCACGUGCACUCGCGGCGCAUCAUGGCCAUCUACAAGUCUCGCCGCCAGGGCACGAGCAUGAAGGGCGCCAUCACGCUCACUAUCCUGCUAGGGGUCUUCAUCCUCUGCUGGGGACCCUUCUUCCUCCACCUUAUUCUCAUCCUUACCUGCCCCACGACCCCCUUCUGCACCUGCUUCUUCAGCUACUUCAACCUCUUCCUCAUCCUCAUCAUCUGUAACUCGCUCAUCGACCCGCUCAUCUACGCCUAUAGGAGCCAGGAGCUGCGCAAGACACUCAAGGAGCUGCUCUUCUGCUCCUGCGUCACCUUUCGAUGCGAUUCCAUACUUGAGUGUCUAUUUCCAUGGAAGUUCACGUGACUGCAGGAUUUGUUCAGGAAUAACAGAUUAUUUGAUAUUUGCGGCACUAUUAGGCGAAUGCCUGCCAUUGCUGUUGAAUUAACUGAAAUACAUAGUUAAUAAACUAUGAGACCUCUGGUUGGAUUGCGCAAAACGGCACAGUGCUACGUAUGGGACAUUUUACCAACCCCUGGCCUCUUCCAUGUUGCAGGCCAAGCCAUACAUAUAUGCCAUACAUGCGUGUUGAACAAAUGCUUGAACCAUAAUCUAAAGCAUCUAUAUCUAAUUAUAUACAGCAAAUGUGUGAUCAGAAUUGUAACUCCCACAGUGUUAAAUUUAUCACUUUCUUAGAAAUCAUAUGUAACCAUCUCAAAUAGCCUAAUGUUAAACUAACAACUUUUAAAAGUGUUGAUAAACCAACACCCCAAAAGUGAUUGGUCCCUAGCACAAUGGGUGUUGCAAAUUCCGACUUAAAUUAACACCUUAUAAGAGAUGAUACUGUUACACUUUCUCAGUGUUAGCUAAUUAACACGUGGUGUUACAGUAACUCAUUUGGAGUGUUGUUUUAACUACUGCAUAUUUAUUUCCCAGGGUUACUUUUUUGCUGUAUGUUUGUUAGUGACAGAGACAUGAUUGUUGCAUUCGAUGGCUUUCAGUCAUCUAGCCUUCACCAAGUGAGUGACUAAGUGGAUAUUUGAUUUGAUCCCACCAGAAUCAACACUCAGAUAUAACACUCACAACACUUUUUACCUCAACACCGCGAUUUUAACACCCUCAAAUUAGCUAUUUAUAUAACAGCAACUGACAUAACUUUUUCAAAGAUGCCAAUGUGUGUAAAGGCUGCGGGUCCAGUUUUCUCAGGCACCAAGAAACCUUGGUAUAACAGUACAUUACUGUAAACUUUACAGUAAUGUACCACAGUAAUGUACUGUUAAACCAAAGUUGCUUUGGAAUUUACGGUAACAUACUGUACAUUUUUUUACAGUAAUUUACUGGUAAAUGGCUGCCAGUAAAUUAGCAUAAAAACAUGAUUAUUUUACAGUGUACUAUGUAGGACAAAUAGUAAUUUGUGCUUUAAUUGUAUAGCCGACACUGGAAAUAGACUUUAAAUAAGAUAUAGCAAGUGUUCUGUCUAAAAUAGGAAUGAAUUUCCCAGAAUGUUGUUGGGAAGAGGAUGUUGUUUGAAAGAGGCUAUUGUUGAAGAAAAAGAUCAAUGGGCAUACUGAUAUACACUAGCCCUAAUGCUUUGUAUGGAGUCAAAGAAAGAUGCACAAAUAUUAGUAAUUAAGUUGUGUUUUGUACAAGAAAACAAUUCUGUCACGUUUUGAUUAAAUACAAUUAGUGUAUUGUGAAGUCCAAUAAUAACCUAAUUGGUCUAUAUAGAGAGUUGCAUUUUUAUUUAUUCACUCAUUAUUUGUUUACAUCCAACUUCCAAGUAUGUACAAAGACGUUUCACAGUAUGAUUUAGGCCUAACUUAGCCCACUUAGGCCUUUGACAAAAAUGACCUAUAAAUUGAAAUAAAACUUUUGGAAUACAACUAUUUACAUGAAAUCCAAUCUUGAAACAGAUCAGACAUUUUAAGAUUAUCCUCACCAUUUUAAUGCAAAUAAUAAUGUAUGCAUAGACAGAAACAAAAUGUUUAAUUCAAUGUUUAUUUUACAAGUAGCCCAUGUAAUGUAGACUAGCCAUGUUUUUUAAUUGUGUUAUGGAUGUACUGAAUAAUUUGAAUGUUUCAACAUAUUUAAAACAUUUUCAAAUGCCUCAAGUGGGUAUCAAUAUUCAUCUCUUUAAACAAUCCAUGCUAUUUUAUGGCUAUGUGUAAAAACCAAGGCUCAAACUUAUCUCAUUGUAAAUGUGUACAUUUGAUUACUUUUUAUUGUAUUUCAACAUAUUGCUAUGGUCAAAUUGGACUAAUAUAUACUGAACAAAAAUAUAAAUGCAAUAUGCAACAAUGUCAAAGAUUUUACUGAGUUACAGUUCAUAUAAGGAAAUCAGUCAGUUGAAAUAAAUUCAUUAGGCCUUAAUCUAUGGAUUUCACAUGACUUGGCAGGGGUGCAGCCCACCCACUUGUCAUACAGGUUCACCCACUGGAAAACCAGGCCCAGCCAAUCAGGGGUGAAGCCAUAGGUGGGCUUUAGAAAGCAUAGGACCAACCAUUUGCCAGCCAGGCCCAACCACCACCCAGGCCGGAUGUGGAGGGUUUGGUGUGGUUACACGUGGUCUGCGGUUGUGAGGCCGGUUGGACAUACUGAAAAAUUCUCUAAAACAACGUUAGCGGCAGUUUAUGGUAGAGAAAUUGACAUUAAAUUAUCUGGCAACAGCUCUGGUGGACAUUCCUGUAGUCAGCAUGCCAAUUGCACGCUCCCUCAAAACUUGAGACAUCUGUGGCAUUGUGUUGUGUGACAAAACUGCACAUUUUAAAGUGGCCUUUUAUUGUCCCCAGCACAAGGUGCACCUGUGUAAAUAUCACACUGUUUAAUCAGCUUCUUGAUAUGCCACACCUGUCAGGUGGAUGGAAUAUAUUGGCAAAGGAGAAAUGCUCACGUACAAGGAUGUAAACAAAUUUGUGCACAACAUUUGAGAGAAAUAAGCUUUUUGUGAGUAUAGAACAUUUCUGGGACUUGUUAUUUCAAGCUCAUGAUGGUGUAUUAUUUAAUAACAGCAUCAGUAAUGAGGACAGUGAUAGUACGCAUGAUAACAAUAUAAUUAUAACACUAUUGUUGUCAUGAUAUCAUUUGUUGCUAUAAUAUUGUUGUGCUAUUGAUAAUUAAUAAUUACUAGUAUUAUUGUAAUACUAAUAAUAACAUAAUUAAUCCUAAAAUAUUUAUUGUUCUUGUUAUUUUAUGUACAGUGUACAUAUUGCAUGUCAUACAUUUCUUAAUCAUGUAAUGUUUGUUGAUGUCAAUCCUCAUUUCUUUUAGUCAGUAUGUGAUC